AUGAGCAGAAUAAAAUUGUUGAUAGUUAUUUAUCUUGUAUUGAUAGGAUAAAGUUAUGCUAUAAAUAAUCUUUAAUUAAGAGGAUGUAUAGAUGAUUCUACUAAUGAAGAACAUGGCUAAUGCCACAAGCAGUUAUAAGAAUGCUUUGGAAUAAAAGAGUGUGGAGCCGAAUUCAAUCUAUUAUUUAAUGAUUGCUAAAUGCCAUUAAAUGAUAGUGAUUUUGAUAUUGAAUGUUUCAAAUUAGGAUAAAAAAGAGCAGAGCAUCCUAAAAAUUUAGAAUUAAUAAAAUGUUUUGAUGAAGUUUGUGGUAUGUUUGGAGGAUAACCUUUAGCAGAUAUGGAAUUGAUAUAAAAAAAUAUCAUGGAAAAUUUAGAAAAGCAAUAAGAGUAAAUUGAAAAACAAAGAAGUAAAAAUGAAAACGAAGAAUUCCUUUGUGUCAAAAAUGCUCUCACUGACCCUGAAAAAUGUUAUAAACUUGCUGAUGACUGUGACGAAGAAUGUUCUGAAGACCUAAAUAAAUUGAAAACAUGUACAGGAGAAACAGAGUAAUGUAUUUAUGAUAUUGAAGCUGCCCUCCCUCAUUUAGUUAAUGAAAAAGCUAUUAAACUCACAAAUUGCCUAUAUAAACUUUGCUAUUAAAAUAACAAAAAAGAAAAUUCUGAUGAGCCUGUAAAAAAUGAAGAGAAUUAAUAAGUAGUUAAUGAAGAAUUGUGA